CCCAGAUGUCUACCCUCCCCCACUCUUAUAGUGGCUCCUGUUAAUUCAAGCUAUUACGUGAGAGGAAGGGAGUUGGGAAGGGAGAGGAGACUCACAUAUCCAUCCGGGCUCCUGAUUCACUGACACUCCAUCAUCAAGGGAUUGUGGACUGAUAGAGGGAAGAGGCAUUAAAAGAGAGAGGAAAAAAAAUUCUGAAGGGGAAAAUAAAUAACAGCACUUAACACUGACUGGGAGAGGACAUAACAGCCUGUUUGAUCAGGACAUUUGAAUCUUAUCAGUGGUACCUAACUGGAAUGUCAACUGUCCAAUGCCAAUAUUGGUACAUCUCUCCUCAGAAGCUGAUAUCCAGAAUUGCAGAACAGACUCUGGCUAUAAAGAUACAUUGUUGACCUGUCUGCACCAAAUGGACUACAGCAGUUCAAGAAAGGAACUCAUCACCGCCUUGUCAAGGGCAAUUAGGAAUUGGCAGUAAAUGCUGGCCCAGCCAGUGAAGUCACAUCUCCUGAACAAAUAAAAAGACAGGGUUCAACCACACUGGCAGUUCACAGUUUAUAUUCUUGAUCUCUUUUUGGAAGGAUUUUCGAAGGCAUCAAAGAUUAACAUAUACCACGGUUCCAGAUAUAAAGAUGGCCAGUACAACUGAUGGUCUCAUUGGGAUUCCAUUUCCAGACCAUAGCAAUGAACUCCUCUGUAGUUUGAAUGAACAGAGACGAGAUGGUCUUCUCUGUGAUCUUAUCCUGGUAGUAAAGGACCAGGAAUACAAGACCCAUAGAUCAAUCCUUGCAGCAUUUAGCAAGUAUUUCAAGAAUCUGUUCACCACAGACAUUCUUGAAGAGCAACAUAACGUUUAUCAGAUUGAUUUUGUGACACCUGAGGCACUUUCUGCAAUAUUGGAGUUUGCCUAUACUUCAACUCUCACGAUUAGCAGCUCAAACGUAAAGGAUGUUUUAAGUGCAGCACAGCUGCUGGAGAUCCAAUGUCUUAUCCAAGUAUGUGGUGAUAUCAUGGAAUCAAGUGGUAGGGUAAGUGUUGACAGGAGAGGUCCAGAAAAACAAUGUAUCCAAAAUCCUCAAGAAGAUCUCCUCGUGGAAAAUUUCAGAGAAUCCCCUCAACGAGAUCCUGAUGAAUUCCCUGAACGUGAGCUUAAAGAAUCUCGAGAGAAAGAUUGCAAUGGAUUCCUUGAACAAGGUCAGAAAGAGAAUCCCCAGCAAGAUCUCAAAGAACCUCCCCAACAAGAUCUUGAAGAAGCUUUUCAAGACCGUAUCAAUGAAUCAGAGGAAAAUUUCCAAGAAGGUCACUGCUGGAAUAGGGAAUAUAAUUUUAAGAGCACUUUGACCAACAAGUUUGCAGAAAAGCAAUGCAGAGAGCUGCCUUGUGAGUUCUUAAGCCAAUUUACUGUUAAUGAUCCAGGUGGAUGCUUGAGACCUGUACGCGAUUUCUCCUUAGAGUCUCUGUUAAAAGAAGGACUAUGUCCUCGAGGAGAUUUGCUUAAUGGAAGAACUUGUGUGUCUCCACUCAGACCAGGAUUCUUUCCUCCACGCUGGAAUGGAGGGUAUAAUAGAUUCCCCCAGCUUGUGCAACACCAGGAUGUGGACCAAUUGCCUCUUAACCUAGUAGUGAAGAAGGAAAAGAUCAAGGAGGAGGCCAAGGAGGACCUGCCUUCAACCACAAGUCUUUGUGACUUUUUUAAAGGUAUUAUGCUAGAAAAUGGCCAUAAUAACCUUGGAACAUUAAAGGACUUUAAUUCCUAUCUGAAUAUAUUAGGUCCUUCCUAUUUGGCAGCAGUCUAUCCAACGUGGCCUUUGGAAUAUGAGAAAAAGAUGAGACCCAAGGCAUCUCAGCAGUGCCCUAUCUGCAAUAAAGUAAUCCAGGGAGCAGGGAAGUUGCCACGACAUAUGCGAACACAUACAGGGGAGAAACCAUAUAUGUGCAGUAUAUGUGAAGUCCGUUUCACCAGACAAGACAAGCUAAAGAUUCACAUGCGCAAGCAUACCGGGGAAAGACCUUAUACAUGUAUUCAUUGCAAUGCCAGGUUUGUGCACAACUAUGACCUGAAGAAUCACUUGCGGAUACACACGGGAAUCCGCCCCUACCAAUGUGUACAUUGCUACAAGAGCUUCACCCGUUCUGACCACCUGCACAGACACAUCAAGAGGCAGAGUUGUCGCUUGCCACGACCACGUCGGGGCCGCAGACCUGCUGCCUGGCACUCCGCUAGCCUCCUGUAUGCACAGAGUGGCCCAUCUCAGAGCACACAUUCCAAUGAAAAUAGCACCAACAUCCCACCAAGACAAGAUGUUAGGCUUCUAAAUGCAAGCAAGUUCGAUCCAGGCAAUACAGAGAAGAACUUUCAUGGAAAUGUUCAAAAUUCCAAGAUCUUAUUGAAUGAAUCAGCAGUAAAGGAAAGAGAAAACCCCAUGCCGAAUAUGUUGAGUGGAAACCACAUCAUAGAUGAAAGGGAUAGAGGCAUCUUUGCUUUUACCCUGUCUCACAACAAUACUUUCUCUCACCUGCCCCAACAAUACUAUUCAACAAGUGAUCCAUGGGGCAUGCAAUUUAAUCCUAUGCCGUCUAUUCAGGAGGCGAGUAAAUAAAGAAAUAACGAGCGUAAGGGUGAAAGGAAAUGAAUAUUAUUGACUUGCACAAAGUAAUGUCACUCGAUAGUUUGAUGUGUUAUUUCUGAACAUGAAACUGAAACAAAAUCCACAUUGAACUUUACAUUUUACAUUUGUAUGACAGCUUUGGACAAAUAAUUUUACAGACCAUUGAAUGAUCUUGAAGUUGAUCUAUUAUAUAAAGUAAAUGUAUUUAAACAAAACAAAAUCCAAAGAAGUUGCGUACUGUAGCCAAUACAAACUUGAAACUGUUUUCCUUUGCUGAUGUUUUGUGGGAGAAGUGUUGUAAUUAUUUUUCUACUAUAACGUACUACUUAUGACUUCUUUCUCUUCAGUAACUCAGAUGAGUUUGCCUGGUCAUUAAAAAGGAUACAACAUUAGCCCGUUCGUUGGAGUAAAUAACAAGGCUUUCUUCACUGAGUAUCAUUGGUUAGGUUACUGGAUUUGUAUUUGGUUUUAUUUAUUUAUCUAGAAAUACCCACAGGUUAGUUGGAAAUUUGUAAAUGAAGAAAUUGGAUUAUUUCUGAUUAUAAAUGGCUAAUAUUUGAACAUUUUAUUGUAUUUCUACAUGUAGAUACCUGUGCAAAGAUCCACUCCCUAUUCCAUUAUAGGGGGACUAGUACUUUGUAAUUUAAAUUAAUAUUUAAUCUCAUCACUGCAAACAGUAAAGAAGUGCUGUAUUUUGAACUCCUAUUUUUCAGAAUUGUGGGUAAUUGAUUGAUUAAUAAGAACAGAAUUUGACCAGUCAGCUGUUCAGCCCUGUGCAACCGUUCAAUUAAAUCAUGGCUGAUCUCCACCUUGACUCCAUUUUAACUGCCUUUGUUCUAUGUACCUUGACACCCUUCCCUAUCAAAAAUUUAUUGCUCUCUACUGAAAAGUUCAAUUGACCCAGUGUCCAUUUUAGUUGGAGCUGAUUACAGGUUUCCACCAUUUGACGUGUGACUGGUGCUUCUGAUCUCACUUUUUACGUGCCCUAAGACUAAUUUUAUCAUAUUUUCCUUGUGCUCUGCAUUGUCUCACCCGAGGGAAUAGUCCGUCUCUAUGAACCAUAUUGAAUCCUUUUAUUAUUUUAGAUCACUUUGGAAAAUAUCAAAUUUCAAGACAAUUCAAGACACAUUUGUGCAAACUCUCCUCAUAAUUCAAUCCUCUAAGUCCUGGUAUUAUUCUCAUGAAUGUGAGCUGCUGCCCUUCCAAACCUAUCUAUCUUAAGAUUUUGUCACAAAAUGUACCAUUGGAACAAGUUUGGAGCUGUUAACCUUUGUUCCACAGAACAAGAUUUCUAAACUUAAAGUUUUCACUUACAGAUUUUAUUGUAAAGAGUGUUAUGCAUAAACACCACACAGCGAUUUAAAGGCUGGGAGACACCUCAUUCUUCAGUUUUUGGAGCUCCAGCUCUAAGAUGCUCAACCACCAAUCUUUAUCUGUCUUUAUAUGACAAUCAUAUAUCAUCUAUCGUUGUCACAUCCUUACCCUGGUUUACAUCAGGUGCCAUGAGCUCAAUAUUUUGAAAGCUCGCUGCCUUGUGAUACCAAUGAAUGGAAGGUUCUACAGUACAAUUUCAGUGAGUAACAUAAUUUUAUCCUUUUCUGUACUUUUAAGUAGAUAAAUGUAUAGUUGUCCACCAGAUAGAUGUAUCCAUUUAAAGGUUAGCACUUCCUAAACUAUCUUAACAGUCAAGGAUCAGAAUUUUAGAUUUGACUAUGUCCAUGACAUUCUCCAAUUGCUCCCAGUUUCAGUACAUAUCUGGAGCUGUCUUUUAAUAUUUAAAUUGACUCUUUAAUUCAAAACGCAAGAUACACCUAACCUCACCUAAUAGUUUCUCUAACAGUUCACUGACCAAAACUGAAUGCAGUCCUCCAAGUGAAAUUUAAGGCUCUGUACAACUGAAAUAUCAUUUCUCAUUUCUGUGAUCUUAAGACAAUUAUCAACCUUUUAUUUACAUUUUGAUUACUUUUUGUAUACAUGCAAGACUUUUAAUUAUUUAUUCAUAUGGGACUGAAAUCCCUUUAUUCUAUGUUUCACACUGUUAAGAACAAUUCUGAUUUGUUUUUCUACAUGUGGAUGAGUUCACACUGUCCACAUUGAAUUUUGUCUAUCAUAGUCUGCUCAUUGGCCUAACUGCCUUUGUAAUGUACUGCUCCCCAUCUGAAUUUACUGUGCCUAAACUAAUGAAUACAAUGCUUACAAGAAUGGGACUCUGGAGCAAGUGUUCUUCAUUUUAGUUUUAAGACUCAGUUUGACUGGUUAUUUGUAUAAAAGUGCAUUAUUGCAUUUUCUAGCUGCCAGGGUCAGUUUGUUCCAAUGUUUAGUGAAGAAUUUGGAGAAAAUUCAGAGAAAGAGAUUGCAAAUGUCACCACUACAAAAUGAACAUGAAGUGUUUUUGUGAUCAUGUUCAUGUGUGGAGACCACACAAUGGAUCGUAGAAUCCUUUGGUAGAAAAGGAAGUGAUUUGGCCCUUCAUGUCUCUGAAAAAAUUUAUUCAUAUAAUAACUCACAAACCUCAGGCUUUUUAUGCUCCCAUGCCAUUUUGAAAAUCCAUCUUUGUGUAACUACGAAAUUUGCUUUUGAAGAAUUUAUGGAUAUUGCUUCAGUAAUAUUUCAUGAUAAGAAUUCUAAUUUCCAAUCAUUCUGUCUGCAAGGGUACUUUUGUAAUAGCAUUAUCCUUCAUGUGAAUCGUAUCUUGUCACGAUGCUUGUGAAUAGAUCCCUUGGCAGUAACAGGAAAUGUAGAACUUGAAAUAACCCCUCUCCUUCACUUCUUCGACUAUACUCACAAAGAUGUUUUUGCACUCCUCCAAAUCAUUCUUUUCUUUUUUACUCCUACCUGCUGAAAGUAAAUCUUCCUCAUAAUAAACUGAAUUAUGAAAUUAUUCUGGAAAUCCCUCCUGAACAGCACUGUGAAUGUUUUUAGAUGAGGAUAUCAGUGGCACGAGAGUGGAUCACCACCACAUUUUCAAGGCCAAUCAGACAUAGAAAUGUAGGGAAUAGGAGCAGCUACAGGCCCUUCAAGCCUGCUCUGCCAUUCAAUAUGAUCAUGGCUAAUCAUGCAACUGAGCACUCUGUUCAUGCUUUCUCCCCACAUACUUUGAUCCGUUUAGCCUUAAGAACUAUAUUUAACUCCUUGAAAAUGUUCAGUGUUAUGGCUUCAACUAUUUUCUGUGGCAAAGAAUUUCACAGGCUCAUCACUCUGGGUGAAGAAGUUUCUCCUUAUCUCAGUUAAAAAUAGCCUACCCCAAACUCAAAACUGAGACCCCAGCUCUGGACUCCCUGGUCAUCGGAAACAGUCUUCCUAUAUUUACCAUGUUUAGAUCUGUUAGAACUCUUUCUAGGUUUCUAGGAGAUGAACAAUAAAUGUUGGCCUUGGUAUGAAUGAGAUCAAUAACAAGACCAGGCUAUUCAGCCCAUCGAUCCUGUUCAGCUGUUUAACAUGAUCAUGGCUGAUGGUAAUAUCAAAUGAAGGAAAAUUGAGAAACUCAGACCAAAACAUUAUAUAUAAGAUGCUUGUUCCUAUCCAGUAAUAACUGUUCUAAUUAAAACAGAAAACAUUCUACAUUGAAUAUCCAUAAUGAUUGCACAGUGAUCUCCAUGAAGCAAACCAGAGAUCUCCAAAAGGAUAACAAAAUGUGAAGCUGGAUGAACAUGCAGGCCAAG